UUUAGGGAGUUCACUUUAAACAGAAUCUAAAGUGAGGGCUGAUAGUUAAUUAUUACCCGACGAUUACUGAUUUAUCUCACUGCACAUUUUCUCUUGCAAAAUUGGAACCCACUGUCUACUGCAAAUUUAGCAAAAAAGACCAGUGCAGUGAUCUAAAAAAAAAAAUGGCACCUCCAAAGAAAACCCAAAACACAACAUCAAAGAAAUUAAAGAAGAAAAAGAAGAAGAAACUUAAAAACAAGACCAAAACCAAAAGCUUGAGCUCAGUUCCAGUUGACCCCAAUGCUAUCGACUCCGAUUGGUGGGAUACUUUCUGGCCCAAGAAUUCCUCUCCCUCAGAUGCUUCAAUACCAGCUGAUGAGGAAGAGGCAUUCAAGUAUUUCUUUAGGGUUUCAAAGCAGACCUUUGAAUACAUUUGUUCCCUAGUUAGAGAAGAUCUUAUCUCGAGGCCGCCGUCGGGUCUCAUCAACAUUGAGGGAAGGCUUCUUAGUGUUGAGAAACAGGUGGCAAUUGCUGUCAGAAGGUUGGCUUCGGGCGAGUCUCAAGUCUCGGUUGGUUCGGCUUUUGGAGUCGGGCAGUCUACUGUCUCUCAAGUCACUUGGAGGUUCAUUGAAGCGCUUGAAGAACGGGGGAGGCACCAUCUUAAGUGGCCUGAUUCGAGUAGAAUCGAGGAGAUUAAGUUUCAAUUUGAAUCGUUGUUUGGUUUGCCGAAUUGCUGUGGAGCUAUUGAUGCAACGCAUAUCGUUAUGACACUUCCGGCGGUUGAAACAUCGGAUGAUUGGUGUGACCAAGAGAAUAACUAUAGCAUGUUCUUGCAGGGGGUUGUCGACCACGAAAUGAGAUUUCUUGAUAUUGUGACUGGUUGGCCUGGGGGAAUGACUGUGUCGAGACUGCUGAAAUGUUCUGGGUUUUACAAGCGAUGCGAGAAUGGAGAGCGUUUGAACGGAAAUUUAAGAGAGUUGUCUCAAGGAGCAGAGAUCAGAGAAUAUAUCGUUGGUGGAGUUGGUUAUCCUCUUCUACCAUGGCUGAUAACUCCUGAUGGAAGUGAUGAACAGUCGGAUGCUAUGUCGAGUUUCGAUACGAGGCAUGAGAUGGCGCGGUUGCUUGCGGUGAACUCAUUCUUGCAGCUGAAAGGAAGUUGGAGAAUUCUUAACAAGGUAAUGUGGAGACCGGAUAAAAGGAAACUGCCAAGUAUUAUCUUGGUAUGCUGUUUACUUCACAAUAUUAUGAUUGACAAUGGAGACCAGUUGCAUCCUGAUGUUGCUUUGUCCGGUCAUCAUGACUCGGCUGGUUAUGGAGAACAGUUCUGCAAUCAAAUUGACCCAUUGGGAAGAACCUUGCGAGAGAAUCUAGCAAAGUAUUUGCACCUUACACAAGAGAAAUCUCUAUCAUAGUAGUCAAAGUUUUCAUCUUUAAUGCAAAAGGAUUAUUUUUAUCAUAUUGAGCACUAUACUUUUAUUA